AUGGAUAUUUUAAGUCUAGAUCAAGAGGUAGGAGCUUGGGAUUCAGUACUUCUUGAUCCCCUUAAUUCUGAAACCUUUAUUUAUAAUUUACAUCAACGUUUUAAGCGAGAUCAUAUUUAUACAUACAUAGGAAAUUUAUUGGUUGCUAUUAAUCCUUAUAAGAAAUUAGCCUUAUAUUCUGAAGAAUUAGUAAAAGGAUAUUGGUCUAAGGGUCCUUAUCAACUUCCUCCACACAUGUAUGCAAUCGCUGGUACAGCAUACAGGUUUUUAUUAGAUCGCAAUGAAAAUCAGUGUAUAAUAUUAUCAGGUGAAAGUGGAUCAGGGAAAACUGAAGCCAUGAAAAUAAUUUUACAAUUUUUCUGUGCGAUAAGUUUAGAUUCAAAAUCACAGGAGUCACAAAUUACUACAAAACAUUUUGUUCAGGCCAACAUUGUUUUAGAAGCUUUUGGAAAUGCUAAAACAUGUAGAAAUGAUAAUUCUUCCAGAUUUGGGAAAUAUUUGGAUGUAGAAUACAAUUUUAAAGGAGAUGCCGUCGGUGGAACAAUUACGAUUUAUUUUUUAGAGAAGUCUCGUGUUACUCAUCAUUCGCAAGGAGAUAGAAAUUUUCAUAUAUUUUAUCAACUUUUAAUGGGAUCUGAUGUUUAUUUGUUAAAAGCCUUAAAACUUCAAAGAAACAUAGAAAAUUAUACAAUUUUAUCAAGUGCAUUUAAAAAUUUUUAUCCAGAUGUUAAUUAUAAAGAAGAUUUUAUUACGACAAAAAAUGCUAUGGAAAUUUUAGGAUUUACUUCUGUUGAAGUACUAGAUGUACUUAAAAUUAUAUCAUGCAUAUUAAAAUUAGGGAAUAUAAAUUUUAUUUCUACAAAUAAUAUUGAUGGUACAGAAAGUUGUGUUAUCAGUAAUGAUUAUGAACUAUAUGAAGUUUGUCAGAUGUUAGAAGUAGAGCCUGAAUUUUUACAAAGUGCUUUAACCAACAAAAUACUGGAUAAUAAGUCAGAUAUCUUAAUAACUGAAUUAAACGGUCCUGAAGCAUCUUAUGCGAGAAAUUCUCUAUGUAAAGCCUUAUACAGUAGAUUAUUUACGUAUUUAGUCAAUAAAAUAAAUGAAUUAAUUAUGGUAAAAAAAUAUAGGAAAAAUAAAUUUUUAGGAAUAUUAGAUAUGUAUGGAUUUGAAAUAUUCGAAAAGAAUAGAUUUGAACAAUUUUUAAUUAAUUAUAGCGAUGAAAAAUUACAACAAAUUAUAACAGGUGUAACGUUGAAAAAAGAACAGGAAGAAUAUAUUAUGGAGGGAAUUGAAUGGAUUCCUAUCGAUUAUGUUCACAAUGAUGUUAUCUGUGAUUUAAUAGAAAAAAAUAAUUGUGGAAUAUUGGCAAUGCUCGAUGAAGAAUGCGUUAAAUGCGGAGCAAAAUCCGAUGAAUUAUUUUUAAAUAAUAUUUCACUAUAUUCUGGUCACUCUCAUUUCGAAGUCAAAACAAAAACUAGCAGAAGUUUAAUGAUAUCCGAUACGGGUUUAGCUACAAAUUGCUUCAGAUUGCGACACUUUGCCGGUUCGGUCACGUAUGUUGUAGAAGGUUUCGUUGAAAAAAAUAGAGAUGUUCUUAGUCGUAAUUUAUCACAAAUAAUGUACAAAUGUAAUCAUCCCUUGCUCAAAAUUCUUUUUCCGGAAGGAAAUCCCAAACGGGUUGCUGGCAAAUUCCCGGCGACCGUUGGUACUCAAUUUAAAAUAUCAUUAAGUGCACUUCUUCAAAAUUUGUCUUCUAAACAACCUCAUUACGUACGUUGUAUAAAACCAAACGAAUUAAAACAACCGAGAAUAUUCGAAACGGCGCUUGUUCAACAUCAAAUACGUUAUUUAUGCCUAAUAGAAACGGUUAGAGUUCGAAGACAAGGUUUUUGUUUCAAAUUGGAAUACGAAUCGUUUUUAAAUCGUUAUAAAAUGCUUUCCCUUUACACGUGGCCAAAUUGGAAAAAAAAUUCAUUUCCCGAAGGAGUGUCACGACUUUUAAAAGAUCUUCCCAUUCCAAAUGGCGAAUUCGCAUUCGGAAGAACAAAAGUUUUUGUUCGGAGUCCAAGAACGGUAUACGAAUUAGAAGAGUUCAGACGAGAAAGGCUUCACGAUUUGGCCGUUAUUAUACAAAAAACAUGGAAGGGUUACAGAAAACGACAACUGUAUCGCACAAUUAAGCUCAGUAGUUUUGUCAUACUUUCGGCUUGGAAAUGUUGGAAAGCAAGAAAAGAAUUAAAAAGAUUACGAUUCGAAAAAAAAGUUUUGUGGGCUGUUAAAAUCAUACAUAAAUAUUAUUUGAACUGGAAGAGGAAAAUGUUUAUAUGGCAUUUAAUAAAAUAUUUACCGGAUGAAAGUCCCAUCGGUGAAGAUUGGCCCGAUUGUUCUCCUAGAUUAAUGGAAACAAGUCAUUUGCUUAAAUCCAUACAUCACAAAUGGCGAUGUUCCAAAUACCGAAUGAAAUUCGAUCAAACGGCAAAAAAUCGAAUGCGUGAAAAAGUAACGGCGAGUAUAAUAUUCAAAGAUAGGAAAGCGUCGUACGCGAGAUCCGUGUCACAUCCGUUCAUAGGAGAUUACGUUAGAUUGAGAAAUAAUUUACAGUGGAAAAAAAUGUCGUUGGAAACAAACGAUCAAUACGUCGUUUUUGCCGACAUAAUAAAUAAAAUAACGAGAUCGAGUGGGAAAUUCGUACCGGUAUUGUUCGUAUUAAGCACCAACAGCAUGCUCAUAUUAGAUCAAAGAACUUUACAAAUCAAAUACCGAAUUCCCGCUUCGGAAAUUUAUCGUUUGUCGUUGUCUCCUUACACGGAUAACGUGGCCGUCUUCCACGUCAAAACCGUAAGUUUCGAUUUGGUUAAAAACAAGGGAGAUUUUAUUUUUCAAACGGGUCACGUAAUAGAAAUGGUUACGAAAAUGUUUUUGGUCAUUCAAAACGCCGUUGGGAAACCUCCGGAAGUUAACAUAAGCACGGAAUUCGAAGCGAAUUUCGGACAACAAACGGUUUUAUUUACUUUCAAGUGCCAAAAAUUUACGGAUUUUCAACAGGGACAAAUUAGAUUUUUAAGAAAGGGUAAUCGUAUGGAAGUCAUUGUGUGA